GCUUAUAAAUACGCCUCUCCACUUGCGGUUUGACGACAGCACACAGGCAGCAAAAAAACUUCCCGGAACAGCCACUAGCUCGACCUCGCAGCGCGGCCAAUCCUAGCUUGCGAGAUACACACGCCUCGUUGAGAACUUAGCUCUCGAUCGAUCGAAACCACUCUAGCUCAUUCAUGGACUUUGACUUGCUGCUCAGUUCCAGCCCGGAGGCGCAGCUGGCGCUGAUGAACACGAUGCUCCAGCUGGAGCAGGCGCUCAUCGCCGACCAGUCGCCGAUGGCGUCGUCCGUGGACACGUCGUCGCCGCCGAUAUCGCCCGUCCAGACCCCUCCUCACAGCCACAGCCUCUCGCCUCCGCCUCACGUGUCGUCGCUGAGCUGCACGACGACCGACGCCAGCGCCAUCGGCUACAACAAUCAGGACAUGUACUUCUCCAUGCCGGUCGCUUACGGCGGCGCCGGCAUCGGCAUCGGCAUCGGCGCGCAGCAGGAGUACUACAUGCCUCCGGGCGGCACCCGCGCGGCGCCGCAGCCGCCGCAGCGGGACGCGAUGCGCGAGAUGAUCUUCCACAUCGCGGCGCUGCAGCCGGUGAUGAACGACGACGACGACGUCGAGGCGGCGGGGGCGGUGCGGCCGGCGAAGAAGCAGCGGCGGAACGUGCGGACCUCCAAGGACCCGCAGAGCGUGGCGGCGCGGCUGAGGCGGGAGCGGAUCAGCGAGCGCAUCCGCGUCCUGCAGCGGCUCGUCCCGGGGGGAACCAAGAUGGACACGGCGUCCAUGCUCGACGAGGCCAUCCACUACGUCAAGUUCCUCAAGUCACAGGUGCAGUCCCUCGAGCUCGCCGCCGCCCACCGCGCCGCCGCGUUCGGCGCCGGCGCCGCCUACCCUGCAGCCGGCCUGCAGCACGCCCCGUGGUAGCUCGACCGUCAUCAGCGUACUGAUGCAAUAAUCGUUUCGCGCACUAGCUGGCUCGACCGGCCGUCGUCCUCGACCGCUUUUGGAGUUUCUCGGAUGAUCGAUCGCUGUGGGCUGUGGCUCUGUGCAUGUGUGCAUGCAUGUGUAAAUUAAGAUGUAGGAACUUCUUUCUAGUUACAUUUAUGGUCGUCGUCGUUGUUACUUCAUCGCAUGCUAGCUUGUAGUACUACGUGGUUUUGCUCUCCAAGCUUUUUUUUGGACUCGCAGCCCGUGUACGUGUUGCCAACGUAGAAUGUACACUUUUUGUUACCUUAUGAAUGCAGUACCAGUUAUCACUACUGCUUUCGUGCUCA